AUGCUUGCAGAUAAAAAUCAAUUUACUUUAGAAUCAAUGAUUAUUACUAGUAAGAAUAAGAAUGCUCACCAUCAUUAUAAUGGUGAUGCUGGUAGUCCGAAAUGGGUGGUAGGCAGUGUUGGCUCACCGAAAUAUCAGGGACAUUCAUCUUCAUCCUCCAAUUCCUUUAAAUAUCAGCAGCAAGAUGUUGGUCCGAAUUCACGUGAGAAUGGAGGUGCUCCUUCGAAUGGUUCCGCAAGUCAAGAUGCCAGUGGUCACCACCAACUAAGUAGCAACGGUAACCGAAAGAACAGUGGAAAUAACAAUAACAAUAAUAACAACAACAAUGGAGUUACAAAGAGUUUAAAGAGUGAUGGAAUCGAUGGUCAUUGCAUUAUGAACUUCAACUCACAGCAGAUCUAUAGUAUGGUUCUCCUAGUGAUGAAACACUCCAACUUUAACAUUCAACAGCUGAUGCAGUUCCGUUUGGUCAGUAAGAUAUUCGCAGAGUCAUUCGAACCCUAUUUCUGGGAGAGAGUUGUCCGUUCGCGUUUUUUCAAUACCAGCAACGCCAUCGAGUAUAUCCGUGCUCCAUUCAAUUGGAAGCGUGUCUUCCUUGGUAUCCCAAGAGUUCUUCACCAAAAAGACUGGUCGCUUUGUCCACUGUGUUGUAACCAAUCGCUAGGUGUAAUCUCCUCUUCCAAACAACUUGCAUGUACAGAUCAAGAUUAUUGUGGAUUUAAAAUAAAUCUUGGUUUUUCAUGUAAAUCAAAUAAUAAUAAUAACAACAGUAAUAACAACAACAAUAGUAAUAACAAUAGAUGGUCAUUCAAUACACAAUAUUUAAAUCGUGAUAAUUGUUCGAUUGGAAGAUCUUUGCUAAAGAAUAGUAGUGGUGGAAGAUGGUCAUUAAAUAGUAAUACUUUAAAUCAUAACAACAAUAACAAUAGUAGUAGCUGCAGUAAUAAUUAUUUUAGUUGUCAACCAAAUUGUAAAAAGUGUUGUUUCAAAUGUAGACAAUGUAAAAAGUUGGUAAAAGGUGACAAGAUCUGCUGGAAAUCACUGGAGGAAGAGCUCCUAAACAGUGAUGACUCAACAGACGACUUGGAGGACGAAGAUGACGAUGACGAUGAUGAAUAUGACGAUGAUACCUACUGUUGUUUUGUAAAGUGCGAAGAUUGUAUUUCAAAUUCAAGAUCUAUUUGCAACGAUACAAUAUUCCUCAUGGAUGAUUAG